AUGAACAAUAUAAGUCAAAACACCUCAACCCGGCUUGCGUCUCACCUCUCAAUCUCUCCUUCGCACCACAAUGCAGUCAGGGAAUGGCUGACGUCUUCAUUUCCGCUUGUUCAACUCAAUGUGGCAUUUAUGGAUGAAAUUACCGUGCCAAAGGUCGAGAGCGCCCUCAAUCCCGUCACUGCAUUGGCUUUCCUAGCACUCAGUACCUCCAAACCCUAUUUACUUGCUGGCGAGGGCCAAUUUCUCAAAGUCUUCGACUAUAAAAGAGGAACGUUCAUUCGUACGGAGCAAAUAUUUGACUCACAGGCAAUUUAUGGCAUUGUCUGCAGAUCCUUGCCGGAAGAUGCCGGACAUAAUGGAACCUGCCUCAUCUGGGGUGGGCGAUCCAUCUGUCUUAUCUCCAUCGAAGCAGAUCUUAAUAUAAAUGGGAAACCCUUGGUCAAAGUUCAUCAACACAUGCCGGAAGUCCUCUGGGAUGAUUGGAUCCUCGAUGCCUGUUUCCGACACCCUAAUAUUACCGACAGCGGAUCUGGAAAGAACACUGUCGAAGCCAUCCUCGUGACCGCACACAAUGAUUUACUAUGUCUAAAAUUCGUUGAAAAAUCCGCAGAAACGAGAGAAACCCGCUCGCUCUACCGUAUCGCUUCAGGACCCAAUUCGAUUCUGUACUCCGCGCACAUGCUUUUGGCGGAUGCUGGCCCGCGCCUUCUCGUCGCUGCGGGUACGGUAUUCGGAGAGGUCUUGCUCUGGUCGUUUACUUCUGAUCCCUCUGUAUCUCGGGAAAUCAAGUUGCACUAUAGAUUUACUGGACAUGAGGGGUCGGUCUUUGGAUUCAGGAUAUCAGAGGUGGCGCAGACUGGUGCUGUGAAACGUAUCUUGGCCAGCUGCAGCGAUGAUAGGACCAUCAAGACAUGGGACAUAUCGGACACAAGCAGCAGUGAAAAGGUGAAACCGUUGUCAGAUGGAGGACUGAACAACUCCGAAGCUGGCUUACUAGACGAAACCAAUGAAGUUGACUCGACUGGAUGCCUGGCUAUGAUAAUGGGCCACGCUUCCCGGAUCUGGGGCUUGCGUUUCCUGAUUCAGAAAGACGGAUGUUGGGACUUGAUCUCCUACGGAGAAGACAGCACUGCACAAAUCUGGCGUACUACACACUCAUCUCACUCGGGCAAGAACGUAUGGGCAAUGGCAGUCUUCCGAGAAUCUGGUAUAGAGUGUAUUGUUGCUACUGGCGGAGCUGACGGAUGUAUCACAGCGUACAAGCCCCUUCUGCAUGGAAUGCCUACGCGGACGGGUGCUUGGACGAGCCAGUAUACGAUGGAUGAGGUUUCGAAGACCUUCCAGACCACAUCGAGUGAACCGAGUCCAACACAAGCAGGCAAAGCAAAAUCCAUAACAGAAACUUUUUUUGACUCUCUCAAAGGCUCUUGGAAGCUCACACGAAAUCUUGACAGUCUUAUACGAUAUUUUCUGCAACCAAAGUUCAUAGUGACAAGUUCUUGCUUCCUCGAUACCGAAGAUUGGAUCAUCCUAGGCUCCCGCAACGGAGAUAUAGCGAUAUACGACCUGACACACACCACACCGAAUUCGGCAGUUGAUGUCACCCCCGACUGCUUCCAAAGAAUCCAUGGCGAAGACGCCAUCACUCUGAUCCAAAUCGUGCCCCGCGACGUCUCAAAGCUGACCGGCAGAAUCGCUAUAUUAACCGCCGGUCAAGACGGCAAAUGGGCAAUCCAUCACGUCUUUCACAAACUCCAAGAUAGCAAGCUCUGUGUGACCCUCCAGACCAUACACGUAGGUAUGCCCCCAUUCGGCCCAAAUAUUGAGGGAGCGUGCGUCGAUCCGACGAGUAAGGAUCUUCUGCUUUGGGGGUUUCGGAGCAAGCAAUUUAUCGUGUGGAAUGAGUCACAGAAAACGGAGGUCAUGACGGUGGAUUGUGGAGGCGCUCACAGAAAUUACGCGUAUGCACACCGAAAUGACGGUAGUGGUGGUGGUAAUUUUGUGUACACAAAAGCUUCGAUUUGUCAUGUACUUUCGCAGACGCAAGCUUCUCAUCAAGUCAUCCAGCAUGGAGGACAUGGAAGAGAGAUCAAAGCUAUGGCUCUAUCACCGGCAAUCAAAACGGGCGACGAUGUUGAUCUUCGGUUCGUUGCGACAGGCGCAGAGGAUACGGCCAUUCGUAUAUUCGAUCUUAAUGCGAGGCUCAAGUGCUUGAGCAUCGUCACUAAGCACACAACAGGCAUCCAGCAACUGCGGUGGUCUUCGAAUGGUCAACUUCUCUUCAGCGCAGCUGGGUGUGAAGAGUUCUUAGUGUGGCGAUUGCAAUCAGCGCCGUUCGUUACAUUCGGUAUCGUCUGCGAGGCUCAGUGUCCAACCGUGACCGAGGAAGUGGAUUUGCGAAUCAUGAAUUUUGCGACAGAGGAGAUCCAUUCGACUCAUGACCCGGACGAUGUUCCAUACGAGCCUGAUUACCUCUUAAGUAAGGUAUACUCAGAUUCCUCGAUACGACUGUUUCGCUAUCAUACGGGCCGGGAAAGCUUCGAGCUCCUGACUGAAGGGUCUUACACGACAUACUGCCUCACCCAAGCCGCCUACCUACACAUCGGCGAAACCCUGAACGGGCUUUGUACCGCCAGCACAGACGGACAUCCGGCUCUUUGGCCGCAUGCAAACCCUCUGUCAUGGCACAGUGAGGAUCUGCCAAGAAGUCCUCCAUUGCACUGGAGUACGCGGACUGGAAUCCACCAAAGCAGCGUGAAGGCACUGGACUCUGUGACCAUAUCGGAGUCAGAGACACUCAUCGUGACGGGCGGUGAUGAUGGCGCCGUAGCUUUUACCCGUGUGGGGAUCCAUAGCCCGUCUGAGGUGGUAUUUGAGGCUGCUAGUCUACUCAUCCCCGGCGCUCACGCAAGUGCGGUUUUCAUCGGCAAGCCCACUUCUGACAGGCAAGGUGAAAAUCCGGAGGGCUUCAUACUCGCGAACGUGGGCAAUGAGAGAUCGGGAUCGACACGACGCAAGUGGGAGCGGAGGGUAUCACAAUCUGUCGGAUGGCGAAUGUUUACACCUCCAUCGCAGACGCCAGUUCCCUAG